AUGACUCUCAUAGCUGGUGAAGAGGUACACGAGAAGAGACACAUGGACUUACAGACAAGCGUUGAACGCUCACGCAUGGAUCUCAUGAUUCUCACCGAGGUCUUCCGGGAGUUCAACAACUUGAAAAGUAUCCAAAUUGACGUUGAAUCUUUUCGCGGACCUCGAUACAUCGAGGAUGAUGAAAUUCUCUUGAGAUGUGGACGAAGUUCGAUGUUCGGUCUGGAGCGUUCAGAAGGAAAGUCUUGGGAAAAAGGCGAUGACAAUGGUUACAACCGGGUAUACCGCUUGACUCUGCAUGCGAUAGAACAGGCUGAGGUGGACGAAAAGAUCGAGUUAAAGCUCGAGUUCUGGAACUCGUCCCAUUCUGGAGACGCAUUUGAGUACUUUGACAACAAUUCCAGAUACUGGCGUGAGCGCCUUUGCAAGAAACUACGCUACGUCUCUACCACGAACGACAUGGAUCCUGCCUGGAUUGGACAACUGUUGAGGCUAAGUGUCGGUAUCACCAAGCUUGAGCUGAGUCAAAAUCAUACCCUCCUACCGCUCGCUCGCGAACCGGCGGGAACUUUCUUCUUCCCCGGUCUACGUCAUCUCAACUUCACUGAGGUGGUUAUCUACCACGAAGAGUUGGUCGCAUUCCUGCACUUGCACACGUCGAUACUGGAGGACGUUGUGAUCCAAUCUGUGGGUUUACAGCAUGGCACAUGGCACCAGCCACUGCACAUUCUCGAGACCAUGCCCAGCCUCAGGAAACUCUGGCUAAGUAUGCUACUUGAGCAGGCGCCGUAUCAGGAUUCUCCAACAAAUGUUUGGGAUCUGGACUUCGAAAUUCCCGCAUUCUUGAAUGUUGACGUGCGAGAGGAUAUCGAGCUAGCUCUCAGUGCCAUGCGCGCCCAUCCUGGCACUGAUCUCGCGAAUUAUGAUUUUGAUGGCCCCAAUGGAGAGUUGUAUGAGUAUGUGGUACAAUACGACAGAGGCUGGGCUGCUCUGGCCGGGGCUAUCGACUUCAGUAACGGGCGAUGGGAACUGGUGAACACGUAUUCGGAGUAUUCACUAUUGGACUCUGGAAGCAGCUGA